AAAGCUGUAGUACAAUCAAUCAAUCAUCUUCAACAUCCCCACCGGAAUCAUCCAUUCCAUUCCACCAUGCCUCGUUUCCUUUUCUUCAUCUCUCUCUUCCUCCUCCUCCUCCUUUCCGCCUCCGCCCACGGCGGCGGUGAUCAAGACGACGACGAAGCACCCGAGGCCGGAAAACCCAACCUCCGAUCAAGAUCCUUGAUUCUUGUAAAGAUAUGGUGUUUGAUACUGGUGUUUCUUGGGACUUUCAUUGGUGGUGUUUCUCCGUACUUCUUCAAAUGGAAUGAGGGAUUCUUGGUUUUGGGUACCCAGUUCGCCGGCGGCGUGUUUCUUGGAACCGCCAUGAUGCAUUUUCUCAGUGAUGCCAAUGAAACUUUUAAAGAUUUGACCACCGUUGAAUACCCUUUUGCUUUUAUGCUGGCUUGUGGUGGUUAUUUGCUAACUAUGCUCGCUGAUUGCCUCAUUUCUUAUGUUUAUGGAAAACAGCCAAAUGGGUCUGCUUCUGAUGACCUUGAACAUCAAGGGAACAACAGGAAUGGAAAAGAGUCGAAAGACAUCAAGAUUGGAAUGUCAUCAGCUUCUUCACUAGGAGACAGCAUCUUGUUAAUAGUCGCAUUGUGUUUCCAUUCCGUCUUCGAAGGAAUCGCGAUUGGAAUCGCGGACACCAAAGCCGAUGCUUGGAAAGCUCUAUGGACAAUCUCUCUUCACAAGAUCUUUGCAGCCAUUGCAAUGGGAAUUGCUCUUCUAAGAAUGAUUCCAGACCGCCCUUUCUUAUCAUGCGCAUCUUACGCCUUUGCCUUUGGAAUCUCGAGUCCGAUCGGAGUCGCAAUCGGGAUCGUCAUCGAUGCAACGACACAGGGUCGAGUUGCAGAUUGGAUAUUUGCGAUAUCGAUGGGAAUUGCUUGUGGGGUGUUUAUAUAUGUAUCGAUAAACCAUUUACUUCGAGGUUAUCAGGCACAAAAGCCGUCUUCAAUCGACACUCCGAGCCUCAAAUUGUUGGCUGUAACAAUGGGAAUAGGGGUGAUUGCUGUUGUUAUGAUCUGGGAUACAUGAUGGGUUGUUUGCUUAGAUUUCAUAUGGGUUUUUGUUUUGGAGAUCAUAAUAUAAGUAUAAGAAUAUAUGUAUAUUGUGAACAUAGAACGAAAAGAAGCAUACUUUUAAUGAGAUCGAUGAAAAAAUUGGUGUCG